UAUUGUCGCACCACGGAGGGCGGAGGGCAAAAGAUCGUUUGGGCAUCGGUAAGAGGCAGUGGAAACGAAUACUUUUUUGUAUUCUACACCCCACAUCAGCCAUUUUUUCUCUGUUCCCCUCGUUUAACUGAUGAACUUCAACAUCUCCGCCUAAAUCAUACUCAUACUCAAUCCCUCAAAUACAUUUACAAAAACUAUGUCACUUGUUCUUCAAAAUCCCUUAUCCAUUACCACUUAUCGUAUUAAAUUUUAUUCCCAAAUCAUUACUACCACCCAUUUCAAUCCCACUAAAACCCUCAAAUUUUCUCUAUUUCAUCGUCAAUCCCUGCAAUUUAAAGCUUACCCAUUAUACAAAAACUUAUCUUUCUUGCAAAAUCGUCUCUCACACAUCAAAUCCCUCAAUUCUCCCAUCAGUGCCUUUGAAGAAGAACAAAAAUCAUCCACUCAAUUAUUCAAAUUUGAUGCUUUUCUUUUGUUUCUUGAAUCAAUUUGUAUUGUUUCUUCAGUUUUGAUUUCUUUGGGGUGUUUUGUGAAUUGGGUUUUGUUUAAACAGCAUAAUCAUGGGGUUGUGAUGUUAGGAAAUAGAGUAUUAAUUUGGCUAUUAGCUGGUGCUGUGGGGGUUGGUGCUGUGAUCCGACAACAGCAAUGGAUGCGGGUAUGUGGGUUGUCAAGUAGGUCGAAGUCAAUUUCAGAAAGUGGAAACUUGAUUGAGAGGAUUGAGAAGUUGGAGGAGAGUAUGAGGAGUUCUACUUCAAUCAUUAGGAUGCUUUCUAAGCAGCUUGAAAAGUUGGGGAUUCGGUUUCGGCUAACUAGGAAGUCGUUGAAGGAGCCCAUUUCUGAGACUGCAGCUUUGGCCCAGAAAAAUUCCGAGGCCACUCGUGCAUUAGCAGUUCAAGAAGGCAUUUUGGAGAAGGAGCUUGCCGAAGUACAAAACGUUUUGCUUGCAAUGCAGGACCAGCAGCAAAAACAGCUAGAGCUAAUCCUUGCAAUUGCAAAGAGUGGUAAGUUAAUUGAUAACAAGCAACCACCCAGUCAAGGAUCAGACAUAAAUAAACGAGUUUCAGAUAAUGGUCUAAGACAAGCAGACGGGCAGCAAGUCCAGGCUAUGGCAGCACAGAAAGGCACAGCUAAUGAAAGAGCUUCAGGAUCGUGAACUUGAGAAGUCUUUCAGCUUCAAUUUUUGUACCGAGAUCUUUUGGACGAACCAAAGGAGAGAAGCAUCUCGGUUUCGUGAACAUAUUUUUAACGUGACAAUACAAUGUGAUAGGAGCAUUGUUGGGUUGGUAUUCAGUUCAUUGUUGAUCGUGCCAACUGCCAAGCAUUUUGGUUGCUGGCUUGCUGCCUAUACUGUCAGUCUGUCACCAAUUUGUUAUGUAAUGUACUAUUUGAGGCAUUUUCUUGAUAGUUUGUUGAUUGUAUAAUGUUGUGAUCAAUAAUGUUUUCUUUCAACGAAGUAUAUUUCCACCAUGUUGAAGUUUAAGAUUUUGUCGAUAAUAAAUUGGGUGUUCUGUGUUCGUCAGGUUUGUGUA